UCAUUAAUACUAGAAACAACUAUACAUGUUGAUGCAAAUACAAACACAUGAAGACAUAAUCCCAACCAACUCUGUCACUCACCUCUUAUUAAAAUUCUCCUUUCUCUAUUUCUUCUCUCACACACUCAAAUCUCACGCAUCUUCCUCUGUUUCUCACACGAUCAACUUGCAUUCUUUUUUAAUUAAACUUGAUACUCUCAUAGCAGACAUUACCACAGCUUUUUAAUUUACCACCUUAAACUAAAUUUCAUUGUUCUCAUCUUUCAUUACACACUCACACGCACACACACUUUCUCAAUUAUUCUUCUUUUUUAUUUCCCUUAUUAUAUAAAUUUGCAUUUCUCACAUAAACAUUGCAAACACCCUAAAAUGCAUACUAGAGAGAGAUCUUAUCCACAAAGGAGAAGAACUCCUUCUUUCUCCUCCAUUCUUCUUGACACCAUUGAUCAUUCUAUCGACCAAUCCAAAACCGAUUUUGUUGAUGAUGUAAACAACCAACCAUGUCUCUACAAUCAACCCAUAAAACAUGUCAAAUUCAAUGAAAAAUGUGUCAAUUCCAAGCAGAGGAUGAAUCUUCGUCAAGCUGUGAUGAUAGAAGAUUGGAUGGAGAAAAACUCGAGUUCAAGCUCCUCAGAAUGUAGCUCUGGUGGAAUAUUUUCAUCCUCAGACACAGAUUCAUCUUACAACAGACAAAGAUCAAGAACCAAAUACAAUCCACCCCAGAAACAUAUGAAUCCAAUUCAUCAUAGCAAUUCAGAGAAACAACAGAAGAAGAAGCAACAAGUUUGGGAAGAUGGUUUUACAAGAACAAAGUUGAGAGCUUUGAAAAUCUAUGGUGAAUUGAAUCAAAAAGUGAAACAACCCAUUUCACCUGGUAGUAGAAUAGCUACAUUUCUUAGCUCCAUUUUCAAUUCUCACAAUGUGAAGAAAGCUAAAAUGUGUUACGUUGGUGCUGUUGAAGAUGUUAGUUUUGAUCACAAAUCAAAAUCACCUUGUUUUUCUUCCUCAGUUUCUUCAUAUUCUAGAAGGUCUUGCAUGAGUAAAACAACUUCAAAGUCCAACAAUGGUGUUAAAAGAUCGGUUAGAUUCUAUCCUGUUAGCGUAAUCCUAGGUGAGGAUUCUGAACAACAACAUCAACCUAGUACUAUUCGAAAGAUUACGAGAAAUUCUUCGGUUAAUGAGCUGAAGAAUAUUAACAAGGUUGUUAUGGCUAAAGAAAGAUUUUAUGAUAACGGUGAAGAUGACGAUGAAGAUGAAGAUGAUGAUGCUUUGAGUUGUUCGAGUUCGGAUUUGUUUGAGCUUGAUCAUCUUGUUGGAGGUGGAAGGUAUCAAGAAGAGCUUCCAGUUUAUGAAACUACCAAUUUAGAAAUCAAUAAGGCCAUUGCUAAUGGUUUGUGUGUUAAUUUGUAGUUUUGUUACAAUAAAUCAAUUGUAAUUAUUUUCAUUAAGUUUUCGGGGAUUCAAUUCAUUGUUCUAUUUUUCAAGUUACCUUAAUCCUUCAUUUUCAUUAUUUAGAUUAGAUUGUGUCAUAGGCUUUUAUGCAUGCUAGUAGAAGUGUUCAUUUUUUGUUUCA